AUCAAACGUUCGAUUGACUUCGACUGUCCAGUUAUUUUUGUGUGAGUUGGAUUUUAAUCGAUUUCGAUCGAACUCGAUCCAUGGAUUGAAAUUCAGUUCGAUUGGAUUCGUCUGGCUAUGCCGGGCUUCAUUCACUAGUGCGCUGUUCAUAAUUAUACAUGAAUACCCGGAAAGGUUUUAAUAACUGAACAUGAAAUGACUAAUUUAACUACUCGAAAUCAAGGAACUUCGGAAUACCCGGCCACACACGCCCUCCUUAAAUCUACUGCUCCCGUGGUCCGUGGUCCGCAGUCCUUUAGUCGAUGAACAAGAAAUGAACUAAGUGUUAAAGUGAAGUGCUACCGCGGUCCGCAGUCCUGCAGUCGAUGAACAAGAAAUGAACUAAGUGUUAACGUGAAGUGCUACCGCGGUCCGCGGUCCCGCAGUGGACGAAAGAACGAGGUAUAUUCGUGGAUUUUAUAUACAAUUAUUAUGUUAAUUGUCACGACUGUGGGACCGCGGUAGCAGCAUUUGAAAACACAUAUAAGUGGCCGGGUAUUCUGAAGUUCAGUCCUCAGUCAAUCGGUGGCUCUGAUCCUGUUUUAUAUAAACAGACAUAAGAACACUCAUAACUAAGCUACUAUACUUACGAGUUUGGAAUAACAAUAAUCCUGAGAAAUCAACAACUCCUUCAACUUUUCUCUAGGAGGUCUUUAUUUUUCCCAGUUCCCGCCGAAAUGCAUCACGUGACUUGGAUCCACAGUUCAUGGUCAGUGGCUGCAAUCCGCUGACCGCAUCCUUGAUAUGGCGGCAGUGGCGGCCAUGUUUUCUGUUUCAAGAAGGUUCUUUACUUGUAAUGUUCACUCUUCUGUACGGACAGUUUCCACAGCAUUGAGACCAAAAGCUUUGGAAUUCACCAAGAUCGCAAGGUUAACUAGUGUCGUGAAGUCUCAGACAUCAAUGUUUUCCACAUGCAACAUACAGGCAAAUGAACGGAAAACUGGCGUGCAAAGGAUAAAGAUUCUGCAAAGACAUCUUGGAGUCACUAGAAGUAUUUACAGUUUUGAUUCUGUUUCAAAUUCUGUGAAGCAAGCAGGACCGAUUCAGAGUCCCUGUGGUUUAGUUAUACCCACAAGAUCUGUCAAUUCCCGCAAUAAACAUGGUAAACCAAAAACUGUCAAGGCUGUUGCAAAGAGGUUUUUCAGAACAGGAAAUGGACAGCUGAAAUAUUGGCCACCAGGAAAAAAUCACAACAUGAUGAAAAAAGGACCCAGAAAAAGUCGCAAACUGAGGCAGCCACGGUUAUGUAACAACCAGCAGCUGAAAUUAUUGAACAAGAUGUUAGGCCGCUAUUGUUAACACACUUCUAACCUUACUAGCAGUGUAUUCAUGUCUUGGGUAAUGCAAUGGUUAUGAGUGAAAUUGUUAAGAAUUUUUACAUUCCUGCGAAAAUUGUGCUUGUCAAAGCCAAGAAAGUAACUGCAUCUUGGCCAUGGGUAGGAAAGAACUCAUUUUCAACACACAUUUAAAAAAAAACUAUGAUCAGAUAUAUGCGAAUGUAGCUGCACAAAACUAGUUCUAUAUGGAACCCAACUGAUGACCAAUCUAGUUUUGUAGUGACUCACAUAUAUUAUGUAAUUGUGUGUUGAGAGUAAAAUCAAAUCAGCAUUUUGGGGUU